UCCGCUUAGGUCAGAAAGGGGGAAGGAACCAAUGGUACGGCCCGAGGUUUCCCAGCCGGACGGAAAAAGCGGAGCGCACUGAGCGGAGCGCCGCGGGAGCCGGGACCACCUAGACGCUGCUCCCGCGACAUGGCUUUCAAUUUUGGGGCUCCUUCGGGCACUUCUGGCACCUCUGCAGCCACCGCGGCACCGGCGGGAUUUGGUGGGCUUGAGACUGCCAACUCCACCGCCAGUGGGUUUAAUUUUGGGGGUUUCGGAUUAACUGCUAAUCCUGCAGUGAACUUUAAUAUUGGGAAUUUCGGUGUUUCUACUACCUCGGCGACUCCUUUCAAUUUUGGUAACAGUCUGGCGAGUGCAGGUGGGUUUGGAGGAUUUGGAACCACCACUACAACCGCAGGCUCUGCGUUCAGCUUUUCUGCCCCAACAAACACAGGCAGCACAGGCCUUCUCGGUGGCACUCAGAACAAAGGUUUUGGCUUUGGUACUGGUUUUGGCACAGCGACAGGAACUGGCACUGGUUUAGGCACUGGUUUGGGAACCGGACUUGGAUUUGGAGGAUUUAAUACGCAGCAGCCACAGCAACAGCAGACUGCUUUAGGUGGUCUCUUCAGUCAGCCUACACAAGCUCCUGCCCAGUCCAACCAGCUGAUCAAUACUGCCAGUGCUCUUUCUGCUCCAACGUUAUUGGGAGAUGAGAGAGAUGCUAUUUUGGCAAAGUGGAACCAGCUGCAGGCUUUCUGGGGAACAGGAAAAGGCUAUUUCAACAAUAACAUCCCUCCAGUGGAGUUUACACAGGAGAAUCCCUUUUGCCGAUUUAAGGCUGUGGGUUAUAGUUGUAUGCCCAAUAAUAAAGAUGAAGAUGGACUAGUGGUUUUAGUUUUCAACAAAAAGGAAACGGAUAUAAGAGGCCAACAACAGCAGUUGGUAGAAUCAUUGCAUAAAGUUUUGGGAGGAAACCAGACCCUUACAGUCAAUGUGGAGGGCAUUAAGACACUGCCAGAUGAUCAGACAGAAGUUGUCAUUUAUGUUGUUGAACGUUCUCCAAAUGGCACCUCAAGAAGAGUCCCAGCGACAACACUGUAUGCCCACUUUGAACAAGCCAACAUUAAAACGCAGCUGCAGCAGCUCGGGGUGACCCUGUCUAUGACCAGAACAGAACUGUCUCCUGCUCAGAUCAAACAGCUUUUACAGAACCCUCCCGCUGGUGUUGAUCCUAUUAUUUGGGAACAGGCCAAGGUGGAUAACCCGGAUUCUGAAAAGCUAAUUCCUGUACCGAUGGUGGGCUUCAAAGAACUGCUUCGAAGACUGAAGGUUCAAGAUCAGAUGACUAAGCAGCAUCAGACCCGAUUAGAUAUCAUAUCUGAAGACAUUAGUGAACUGCAAAAGAAUCAAACUACAACUAUAGCCAAAAUAGCACAGUACAAGAGGAAACUCAUGGAUCUCUCCCAUAGGACUUUACAGGUCCUAAUCAAACAGGAAAUUCAAAGGAAAAGUGGCUACGCCAUCCAGGCUGAUGAAGAACAGUUGCGGGUUCAGCUAGAUACUAUUCAGGGUGAACUGAAUGCGCCUACUCAGUUCAAAGGUCGACUGAAUGAACUGAUGUCCCAGAUCAGGAUGCAGAAUCAUUUUGGAGCUGUGAAAUCUGAAGAAAGGUAUUACAUAGAUGCAGACCUAUUACGAGAAAUCAAGCAGCAUUUGAAACAACAACAGGAAGGCCUUAGCCACCUAAUUAGCAUCAUAAAAGAUGACCUAGAAGAUAUAAAGCUGGUAGAGCAUGGGUUGAAUGAGACCAUCCAUAGCAGAGGCGGCGUCUUUAGCUGACCAUUUCCAAGCGUUUCCAGA